AUGGUUUUCCUACGUCUUACGGUCAAGGUCUACCCUCGCGAACAGACCCAGUCCUCUUCGUCCUUUUCGAUCCGCUCGUUCCUGGGUGACCGUGACCGCGAUGCUUCGAGUCAGGGCUCCUCUGGACCGACGGCGGGGAAGCCGGCUUCCUUCCUGUUGGUCCUGGAGAACCCCGAGGAGGUGACGCUCGGUGGAUUGGCGGGCAUGAUCCGGGAGAAGUGGGCGAAGCUGCGGCCGGGUGCUGAGCCUCUGGAGAUCAAGAAACUUGUCGACGACGAGCACGACUCCGACGAUCUCGAUGCCGAGUUGACCGUCGCCGAUGUGUUUGUGGAUAAUGGCCGGGCCCGCACCGAUGGCGCCGACCAGCGCGGAACGGUCCGUGUGAUUCAGAAACCGGCGCCCUAUGCACCUGUCCGGUUCCCCUCCGUGACGCAGGACUGGGAUGCCGCUGCGCAGGACUUUGAGCGCCAGAUCAAGAUCAAGAAGGAGGCGGUGCAGGCGAGUCUGCGCAAGAUUCCCACUAUCCUCGAGGAGUCUCAGUCGUUUUCAGAACGCGAUACAUCCACUGACCAGGUGAAUGGGGGCGCUGCGCCUGCGGACGAUCGCGAGCGUCGCAGGGACAUGCCGCUUUCCUCGGUGGAGCAUGAUGAGAUCCCCAUGUCGCCUCCGCGGUGGGGUGAGUCGCCUGUGCACGAGAAGGACUCGCAGGAUCCGCAGAGUAGUACUGUUGUGGCUACGCCACAGCACAAGCGCAUGGAGAGUCAGGAGCUGGGGGAGUCGCCUUCACCGGAACGAGAACGGACCCCGACGCCCAAGGCGUUGACAUCUCCCGCAAAACGCGGCUCGGUCUCGAAACAGGUGCCUGCCAAUCGGUCGAUCUCGCAGUUUGUCUCGGAGCCGGACUUUCCCUCGUCGAAUCAAACGGAGCGCGAGCGCAGCGGGUCGGAGUCGCCCUUGAGUCCGAGACAAGCACCGUCUCAGCUGGAACGCGAGCCGGGUGAGGAGGAGGAAGAAGAAACUGAUGAUUUGGACAAGGAUGGAGAUGUGGCGAUGGAUGAUGGCGAUGUUGCGGCGACGGAGGAAGUACACCCUGAGGCCGAAGCCACCAGUCCCAAGGAGACGGACGAACCGAUGGUGAAUGGAAGCAAAGAGAGUUCCUCUAGGGGAGAGAUGCCCGCGCUUCGACAACGCAAGAGAAAGCAGAGCUUGGAGGCAGAAGAGCGCAACAAGAAGCCUCGUUUGGAGCCCAGCAGCCCUGGAUCGUCGGACAAGGAGAACAAGCCGAGCCAGGACCUGUCCGAGCCAGCUGUCAGCAGCCCGUCCGCUCGAAGACAUGAGAGGGCACCGUCGUUCUCUGGCAUCGGCCGACGGUCGAGUCUCUCCGAGAAACCCACCGAGGCUGCGAAACCCGGUCUCGGGCUGGGUAUCACGAAGAGCCCCCCUGGCAAACAGUCGGUGAUGCUUCCGUUGUCCCAGGAGUCGACCGGGUCGGUAUCAGCCACUCCCCUCUUUUCCAGCAGAGCGCCUACGAUCCGCCGUGCAUCGUUGGUGGAGAACGAUGCCACACCGUCCAAGCAGACUCCUGCUCUGGACCGAGUGAAGCACCUGCAUUCGGCUUUGCGGAAGGAUUCGCCUGCCGACAAGUCCGCGCAACGCCGGUCUGUGUCUUUUGCCGAGGAAGACGACGUAGUCAUUACGGCCUCGACCCCGAUUCCCAAGUCGACUCCGCAGACCAACGCCAAGGGCAAGGGGACACCAGGUUCUGCUGCCUCGUCCGGAAAGAAGUCAUCGACACCGAGCAAGAUGGUGUUCCCUACCGGUGUUCCUCCAGAACGGGUGGAACAGUUGAUGCGAGAAGCGAAUCAGAAAUUCGAAAAGCAGAACAAGGACAGGGAAGAAGUCGAGGAGAUGAUUAGAGUUGCCAAGGAGCAAAAUAGGGAUCCGGCGUACCUGCGCAGUCUGGAAGAGCUACUGGCCAAACUGGAACGGGUCCAGAAACUUGAGAAGCGAAACCGCAGCAGCGAGAGAGACAGGCUCGAGCGAGCUCGCGCUGAGCUGAGAGAGAAGCGGAAAGAAAUUGCCAAAAUGGAGGCAGAUAUGAGUGCUUCUUCGCAGGAUGGCAAGCAACUGAAGGCGGAUUUGUCAAAGACUAACGGGAAUGCAAGCACACCAAAGGCCGAUACCGCAUCAAAAGCGAAGGGCAGUGCGAAGAAGUCGACACCAGCUGCUGAACGGAACGGCUCCCCGAAAAAGGCAGCGGAAGUAAAGAAGGGAACAGAGCCAUCUACUACUUCUCCAACUGCCGAACGCAAAGGCUCGACUAAGAAGGUAGCGGAGGCCAAGAAGGGACCGGAUUCGACUGCUACUCCUACAGCGGCCAAGUCCCGCACGACAGAAGAGGAACCGAAGGGCACUCCGAACGAACCACCAGAGAGCUCCGCUGAGGACGCCAAGCUGCCUCCUGUGACGAAGAUCCAGCGCGGCGACCUCCCCAAGGCCAAGGCAAAUGGCACGAAGAAACCUUCCCCCUCCGAGCCAGUAGACGUGUCCUCCUCCUCCUCCUCCUCCUCCUCCUCCGAAGAAUCCUCCGAGCACUCCGAAUCCGAAAACGAGGAUGACGACGAGACCGACGCUGAGGCCGACACCCAGACCGGCAGCAGCGACAAACCCGCCAAGAGCAAGGCCGACCUCCUCCGCCGCGGCAGCGCAACCCCUUCGUCGCAAGGCAACGCGCGGUCCCCCGCACCGUCGCAGUCGGCAUCGCAAUCCUGGGGUCAACCGAUCAACGGGACGCGCAGCCGGGCCACGCUCAAGACGCUGCUCGUCGACAAGAAGAAAGAGUCGGCGGAAAAGGCGCAGCAAGCGAAGAAGAAGGUCGUCGGCGCGCCGAAACGGCCGCGGAAUAUCUUCUCGCCUCCGUCGGACGACGAUACCGAUGAGAGCGAGUCGAGCUCCAGCUCCAGCUCCAGUUCGAGUGAGAGCGAGAGCGACAAGGACAGUGACAGCGAUAACGAGAGCCAUAGCAGUGCGGAUGAUGGAGAUAUCAUGUCUAGUGGGACAGUGGGGAAACUGCGCGCCGCGCGAAAGAAGUAA